CCAUUGAACAUUCAAUUUUGUGUGUGUGUGUGGGGGGAGAUAUAAGAGAGAGAGAGAGAGAGGUGGCAGAAGAACUGAUAGAGAACUUUCAAAGCUCUUUAUCUUCUACCAUCACUCAACUAGCCUCUAUAUUGCAGUCUCAAACUGAAAGUCUCACAAAUUUUGUGGAAACCUCUAGUUUUAUCUUCCCUUCUAAAAGAAAGGGUGUUUUUCUCAUAUCACUCUCUGUCGGUACAAUCAUGAGACCGCAAGGAAACCCAUUAGAUCUUAACAAUUUGCCUGAUGAAUACUCUAGAGAUCAUGGUAAACAACUCCUUGAAGACACUGAUCUACCCGGUUGCAGGAAAAAGAAAAACGGCGGGAAGGAUGGAAAAGAUGAGUGUGGGAAGGUCUAUGAAUGUAGAUUCUGUUCCCUCAAGUUCUGUAAAUCUCAGGCUCUUGGGGGACACAUGAACCGUCACCGCCAAGAGAGGGAAACUGAGACGCUUAACCAUGCACGUCAGCUAGUCUUCCGUAACGAUCAUAACCUUGCACCACAACCAGCUCCCUCUCACCUUGUAGGAUGUUGUCCACCACCAAUACCAACAGCAGGAUAUAUUCCAGCAAAUAACAUGGGAGAUCAAACAAUUCCUAUGAGAUUUCCAAGAUAUUUCUCAGGUUCAUCUUCAACCCACAUUCCACCACCACCACCACCACCACAACCAUCUCAACCAUAUCUGUACUCUUCACCUACACGCCCAGUGUCUUUCCCAACACAUUUGAUUCCUCAGCAUCCAAUGAAUGAAUAUCAUGUGGGUCACGUGAUGAGUAGCAGUCACCACCAGCAAUAUCACAACAUGAACUAUGUUGCAGGUGCAGGUGGUGGUGAGUCAAGUUACACUUGCAUAGGUGCACCGGUUAGACAAGGUUUUAUUCCAGGAAGUAGUGGUGGGAAGGAUCAUCAUCAAGAUAUGGAAGGGACAUUGAAUUGGGGAAGGAGCUAUUCAGGAGGUGGAGGAGGAGGACAGCAGCAUCGUUUAGAUACAAAUACUCCUAAUUCAGCAGCAUUGAUCAAUCGGUUUCAAGAUGGUUUCUAAUGAGAGUGAGAGAGAGAUUCUGUGUGUGAUUGUGUUGAUCUGUUCAAUGAUAACAAAAUGUGACAGAUGCUAAGGGGGUGAUGAUGAGUCAUGAGAGAGAGAGAGAAAUGUGGUUUGGUUUUAUUUUGGUUUUUAUGUUAAAUUUUUACUACAACAGUAACUAAGGACACCUUUUGAGAUCAUUCACACGCUCAGCUACUUUGGCUUGGAGCUGUGGGAUCUAUGGGAAUUAACAAACGACAAGUUCGAUAUCAA